CCGCCCCACCGCGACUGGCAGCUCUGGAGCCGGAGAGCAGGAUCCGCCACCGCUGCCACUGCCUCCCGGGACUUGGAACGCUGCGCGCCCAGCCAUGGCUUCGGGCCCCACGGGGCCGGAGACCCGGCAGAGGCUGCUGCGCACCGUCAAGAAGGAGGUGAAGCAGAUCAUGGAGGAGGCUGUCACACGCAAGUUCGUCCAUGAAGACAGCAGCCACAUCAUCUCCUUCUGUGCGGCUGUGGAGGCCUGCGUCCUGCACGGGCUGCGGCGGCGGGCGGCUGGCUUCCUGCGCAGCAACAAGAUCGCGGCUCUCUUCAUGAAGGUGGGCAAGACUUUCCCGCCCGCCGAGGAGCUGAGCCGCAAGGUCCAGGACCUGGAGCAGCUGAUCGAGAACGCGCGAAACCAGAUCCAGGGCCUCCAGGAGAAUGUGCGGAAGCUGCCCAAACUGCCCAACCUGUCCCCACUUGCCAUCAAGCACCUGUGGAUCCGCACGGCCUUGUUUGAGAAGGUCCUGGACAAAAUUGUGCAUUACCUUGUGGAAAACAGCAGCAAAUACUAUGAAAAGGAAGCGCUGCUGAUGGACCCCGUGGAUGGCCCCAUCCUGGCAUCUUUAUUGGUGGGCCCCUGUGCGCUGGAGUACACCAAGAUGAAGACGGCGGAUCACUUCUGGACCGAUCCCUCCGCCGACGAGCUCGUCCAGAGGCACCGCAUCCACAGCUCACACCUGCGACAGGACUCGCCCACCAAGCGUCCAGCCCUCUGUGUGAGUGGGAUCCAGAAGAGGCACUCGAGCGGCAGCAUGGAUGACCGCCCGUCCCUCUCCGCCCGUGACUACGUGGAGUCCCUGCACCAGAACUCCCGGGCCACCCUGCUGUAUGGCAAGAACAACGUUCUCGUUCAGCCGAGAGACGACAUGGAGGCCGUCCCGGGAUACCUGUCCCUGCACCAGACCGCCGACGUCAUGACCUUGAAGUGGACGCCCAACCAGCUGAUGAAUGGGUCUGUGGGAGACCUGGACUAUGAGAAGAGCGUCUACUGGGACUACGCCAUGACCAUCCGCCUGGAGGAGAUCGUCUAUCUGCACUGCCACCAGCAAGUGGACAGCGGCGGGACGGUGGUGCUGGUCAGCCAGGAUGGCAUCCAGAGGCCGCCCUUCCACUUCCCCAAGGGAGGGCACCUCCUGCAGUUCCUCUCGUGCCUGGAGAACGGGCUGCUCCCGCACGGGCAGCUGGACCCGCCGCUCUGGUCUCAGCGGGGGAAGGGCAAGGUCUUCCCGAAACUGCGCAAGCGAAGUCCUCAGGGCUCCGCCGAGUCCACGUCCUCGGACAAGGAAGACGACGAGGCCACGGACUACGUGUUCAGGAUCGUGUACCCCAGCCUGCAGUCGGAGUUCGUUGUUGCCGGCCCCCUGGGCAGCACGUCCCCCGUCUCCGUGGGCCCUGCCUGGAUGGUGGUUCCCGUGGGCCGGUCCAUGCUGGUGGUGGCCAGGGACAGUCAGUGCACGCAAACCAGACGGGACUCCACCCUCCCCACGCCGGGCUUGAAGCAGCAGCCCCCCAUGCCCCAGGACCUGAUGGAUGUCUCCGUGAGCAACCUGCCACCCCUUUGGCAGCCCAGCCCCCACAAAUCCUCUUGCUCAUCCUGUUCACAGAGUGGCUCGGCUGAUGGCAGCUCAACCAAUGGCUGCAACCAUGAGAGGGCUCCCCUGAAGCUUCUCUGUGACAAUAUGAAGUACCAGAUCCUUUCCAGAGCCUUCUAUGGAUGGCUUGCGUACUGCAGACAUCUGUCCACCGUGAGGACCCACCUGUCAGCCCUGGUCAAUCACAGGAUUGUGUCUGCGGACUUGCCGUGCGACGCUGGACGUGGGCUGACGGCCGGGAUCUGGGAGCAGUACCUGCGGGACAGCUCAAGCUACGAGGAGCAGGAGCUGCUGCGCCUGGUCUACUACGGCGGCAUCCAGCCCGAGAUCCGCAAGGCUGUGUGGCCCUUCCUGCUGGGCCACUACCAGUUCGGGAUGACGGAGACCGAAAGGAAGGAGGUGGACGAGCAGAUUCACGCCUGCUACGCACAGACCAUGGCUGAGUGGCUGGGCUGCGAGGCGAUCGUGCGGCAGAGGGAACGGGAGUCCCACGCGGCUGCCCUGGCCAAAUGCUCAUCAGGGGCCAGCCUGGAUAGCCACCUGCACCGCAUGAUGCACCGGGACUCUACCAUCAGCAACGAGUCCUCCCAGAGCUGCAGCUCCGGCCGCCAGAACGUCCGCCUGCAGAGCGACUCCAGCAGCAGCACACAGGUGUUUGAGUCUGUGGACGAAGUGGAGCAGGUGGAGGCAGAAGGCAGGCUGGAGGAGAAACAGCCCAAGAUCCCCAAUGGGACCUUGGUGAAUGGCACCUGUUCCCCAGACUCCGGCCACCCUUCCUCCCACAAUUUCUCCUCCGGCCUCUCGGAGCACUCGGAGCCCAGCCUGAGUACGGAAGACAGUGUCCUGGACCCCCAGCGGAACGCCUCCCUGGUGCUCCGGCCUGGGGACAGCAGCAUGGACGAAGGGCAGAGCAGCGAGGCCACCACGUCCCGGGACGAGGCUCCCCGUGAGGAGCUGGCCGUGCAGGACAGCCUGGAGAGUGACCUCCUGGCCAACGAGAGCAUGGACGAGUUCAUGUCCAUCCCAGGCAGCAUGGACGUGGCUCUGCCUGAAAAGGAGGGCGCCCCGACGGAGGGCUGGGGGGGCGGUGAGGCGGAGAAGCACAGCCAGGCGGACAGCGAAGACAACCUCUCAGAGGAGCCCGAGAUGGAGAGUCUCUUCCCCGCCUUGGCUUCCCUGGCCGUGGGCGCUUCUGCCAACAGCGAGGCGUCCCCUGUGUCUUCCAGCGGGGUCACCUACUCUCCGGAGCUGCUGGACCUGUACACGGUGAACCUGCACCGCAUUGAGAAGGACGUGCAGCGGUGUGACCGCAACUACUGGUACUUCACGCCCGCCAACCUGGAGAAGCUGCGCAACAUCAUGUGCAGCUACAUCUGGCAGCACAUUGAGAUCGGCUACGUCCAGGGCAUGUGUGACCUCCUGGCUCCCUUGCUGGUCAUUCUGGAUGACGAGGCCCUCGCCUUCAGCUGCUUCACGGAGCUCAUGAAGAGAAUGAACCAGAACUUCCCCCACGGAGGCGCCAUGGACACCCACUUUGCCAACAUGAGGUCCCUGAUCCAGAUCCUGGACUCCGAGCUCUUUGAGCUGAUGCAUCAGAAUGGCGACUACACUCACUUCUACUUCUGCUACCGCUGGUUCCUGCUGGAUUUCAAGCGAGAGCUCAUCUAUGAUGACGUCUUCUCUGUCUGGGAGACCAUCUGGGCAGCCAAGCACGUCUCGUCCGCCCACUACGUCCUGUUCAUCGCGCUGGCUCUGGUGGAGGUCUACCGGGACAUCAUCUUGGAGAACAACAUGGAUUUCACAGACAUCAUCAAGUUCUUUAAUGAGAUGGCCGAGCGACACAACACCAAGCAGGUCCUGAAGCUGGCCCGGGACCUCGUGUACAAGGUGCAGACCCUGAUUGAGAACAAGUGAAGGCCACCCGCCUGUCCUGCCCACUCUUCCUGCCCGGCCUCCCGGGAGUGAGGUCCCGGGGCGUGUUCGUGAGCCUGGACGUCUCUGCAGAGAGAAACCGCCCCGACGUUGGCCGCCAGGCACGGGGGUCACGGGGGGGCGGGGUCCCCCGAGUUCAGCCUUACGUUUUCCUGUUUGACCAAAGAUCGCCCGCGUGUGGGGUUUCUCCCUCGCGGGAGCUGGUGGACUGAGGGAACAAACGUCUUUGUGGUCUCCGGAGCGGUCUCCUCUCUCUCCCCUCCCCCGCCCCUCCAAACCGCCGUGUCAGUGGGUCUUGGGGAUGGAGUUGUGUGAGAAAUCGGCACAGGAGGUGUCCGUGGGGCCACCUCUAGACGCUGAAAGGGGCCUUUGGAGACGCGCAGGCCCAUGGCUGGCAGGUUGGCCUGGAGCAGGGAGGUCUCUGCACCUCGGCACUACUGACCCUCGGGCCGGGCCCUUCCCGGGGCAGGGGGCCUCCUGUGCACCGCAGGGUGCUGAGCCGCGAGCAUCCCCGGCCUCUGCCGGCUUGAGGGCAGCAGCACCCUCCUCCCCACCCCAGGUGUGACAACCCAGAGUGCCCCCGGAUAUCGCCAGAUGCCCUCACGUGUGAGACCUCCUGGCUCAGAGGAGGGGCUGCCGGUGUGUCUCCCAGCCCUUCUCUCCCCAGGCCCCUCCCACUUAGAAAAAGCACACAGAGUCCUGUACACCCCUCCGCCCGGGGGUGUGGGAUUCCAUUCGUUGUAUUCUCUCAGUCUUCUCCUCCGCUUUGCCCCGGGAGAAGCUUCUUUUCUUCUUGUCAAGAAAGGUGUCUUUGGGACCGCAGACAUAUCUGCAAGCGUGAGACAGUAAGAGGCUCUUCUGAGCCCGGCCGGAGCCCCGGGCAGGGCAGAAUCCCUGCCCCCCGCCCCUCAGAAGGACCGUGCCUCUCCUGCCACACGCUGGGUCCGGUGCUCCAGGAGCUCAGAGCGCGAGUGUCGGUGGAAGCCGUGUGGUCAGGGCGGCCAGCUCUUCCCCAAGUGCCCUUGCUCACUCAGGACGGAGGAGGAAGACAGAGGUCAGCCAGGGCACAGGUGUACAGGUGUGUUUUCCACAGCGGCCAGGUGUGGAAACGGUCCCUGCCGUGUCUUCUCACGGAGGGUCGCCCGUCCACAAACAGAUCCCGAGUUAGGUAGCCCACCUGCCCACCUGCCCACCUGUCCUUCAGGAAAGCGGUCCUGCCAGUUCUGUUUUGCGAAUGCUCCAGAGUCGGGAGAAACAGAGUCAGGGAGCACUGCUCUUCCAGAGAGCGGCAGGUAGGGUUGUGGGGAGGUGGGGGAGACACGGAAAGU